AUGCAAAAUUUCAACUCUUUGCCAAAUUAUUUAAAAUUUUUUAUUAUACAGUUACUAGUCAAAAGAGAUAACGAAAAUGAUUAUAGAUUACAAUUUUAUUUAAAUGAUAAAUUUGAUAAGCUUAGUCAUCCAGAUUGCCACCAAAAUUAUAUUUUAAACUAUUCAUUAGUAUCAAAAAGUUGGUUUGAAUAUGUUUCAAAUUCUUUUCAAGUAAUAUCAAUCCCGAUUCUUUCAGAAAUAGAUAUAAAUAAACUAUUCCCACAUUAUAGUCAAAAUAAUAAUAAUAAUCAGUUUUCAUUAUUAAAAAAAGAAAAUAUUGAAACUAUUAUAGUAGAAUCAAUACCAUCACCAAAUGAAUUAUCAAAAUAUUAUAGUGAUAAUAGUUGUAAUCAAUUAAUUAAUAACAAAAUUUUUUUAAAUUUAAAACAAAUCAUAUACAAUUUAAAAAUUGAAAACUCAAAUGAUAUAAUUAACAACUGUAACUUUUUAUUAAAGAACCAUCAGCUGCUAGAAAGUCAGCAAAUGAACGAUAAAGAACUACCAUCAUCUCCAUCAUUGUCAUCACAAUUUAUAAAUAGCAAAAUUAGAUUAAAUAUUAUAAUAGAUUCAGAUUUCAAUUUUAAAUUAUUAAAAAAAAAUUUAUAUAUAAAUCAACAAGAUAAAAACACUUCAUUAAUUAGAUUUCAAAUAGAUUUGUUUUAUUUAAACAUUUUAGAAGUAGAUAGUGAUAUAGAUUGCCAAAAAAUAAUAAAUAUAAUACAAAUGAAAUUCAAACCCAGUAAUAUAAUAAUAUCAAUACCAACAAAAGAUCAUGUUAUCAAUGACUGGUUUGAAAUGUGUGGCUCAAUUUCAAGGUCAAAGAAUUUAAAACAAUUAACAAUUUCACAAUACAAAUAUAACAAAAUACCUUUAAAUAUUUUAUUAUAUGAUUUCAAUCAAGAUAUUAGUGACACAAAUAGCAAUGGAAGUAGCAGUAGUACAAUUGGAAAUGGUACCGACUAUUAUUUUAACCCCAACAACUAUAUCAGUAAUGAUUACCCCAAAGAAAGUGAAGGUCAAGAAAAUGAAGAGCAGGAUGAAGAAGAACUUUUACCACUAUCAUAUAAUCAAAUUAUCAAUGAAUUUAGGUUACCAGAUUGUUAUAUAAAACCAUUUAAAUCAAUCAUAUUGUUAAACAACUCAAUUACCAAAUUAAAAAUUUGUGAAAUGGAAGGUUUAAUAAACAACGAGUUUUUAUCAUCACUCCUUUAUAAUAAAAAUAUUAUUGAACUAUCACUAUUCAAUUCACUCACUGUAAAUACUUCAAAAUAUCUUUUGGAAUCAAUAAUUGGUAAUGAAUCAAAUAAAAACAACUCUAUAAAACAUUUAGAUAUUAGGGGUCAAUAUAAUUACUCAACAUUAUCCAAAUCUUUUAUUUUAUUUGAUUAUAUUUUAAAUUUUAUAAAUUCCAACGAUUCAAUCUAUAAAUUAAAAUUAAAUUAUAGUAAUAAUAAUAAUAAUAAUAACAAUAACAAUAACAAUAAUAAUAAUAAUAAUAAUAUUACAACUAAACCAUUCUCAAAUAGUAAAAUUAUAGAAAUAAAAUUAAAUUAA